GCCCGGCUCCCGGCAAAAGUCCCCCGACUGGCGCCCGCGCGUCCUCCCUCGGCUCUGCAGGCCGGGCCGCGGCGUCGAGCGGGGGCGGCGGGGCGGGGCCCGCAGCCAUUGGCGAGCGGCGGGGCGAGGGCGGGGGCGCGGAGGGUCGGCCCCGGGACGCACGCAGCCGGCCCGCAGUUGCAGCCGUCGUCCGCAGAGCCAGUGCCCAGCGCAUAGCCGCGCCCGCCAUGAGGGAGAUCGUGCACAUCCAGGCGGGCCAGUGCGGGAACCAGAUUGGCACCAAGUUUUGGGAAGUGAUCAGCGAUGAGCACGGCAUCGACCCGGCCGGAGGCUACGUGGGAGACUCGGCGCUGCAGCUGGAGAGAAUCAACGUCUACUACAAUGAGUCAUCGUCUCAGAAAUACGUGCCCAGGGCCGCCCUGGUGGACUUAGAGCCAGGCACCAUGGACAGCGUGCGGUCCGGGCCUUUUGGGCAGCUUUUCCGGCCUGACAACUUCAUCUUUGGCCAGACGGGCGCAGGGAACAACUGGGCGAAGGGGCACUACACGGAGGGCGCAGAGCUGGUGGACGCAGUGCUGGACGUGGUGCGGAAGGAGUGCGAGCACUGCGACUGCCUGCAGGGCUUCCAGCUCACACACUCGCUGGGCGGCGGCACGGGCUCGGGCAUGGGCACGCUGCUCAUCAGCAAGAUCCGUGAGGAGUUCCCGGACCGCAUCAUGAACACCUUCAGCGUCAUGCCCUCGCCCAAGGUGUCGGACACGGUGGUGGAGCCCUACAAUGCCACGCUGUCGGUACACCAGCUGGUGGAGAAUACAGACGAGACCUACUGCAUCGACAACGAGGCGCUCUACGACAUCUGCUUCCGCACCUUGAAGCUGACAACGCCCACCUACGGGGACCUCAACCACCUGGUGUCCGCCACCAUGAGUGGGGUCACCACCUCGCUGCGCUUCCCGGGCCAGCUCAAUGCUGACCUGCGCAAGCUGGCGGUGAACAUGGUGCCCUUCCCGCGCCUGCACUUCUUCAUGCCUGGCUUCGCGCCGCUCACCAGCCGCGGCAGCCAGCAGUACCGGGCCCUGACCGUGCCCGAGCUCACCCAGCAGAUGUUCGAUGCCAGGAACAUGAUGGCCGCCUGCGACCCGCGCCAUGGCCGCUACCUGACCGUGGCCACCGUGUUCCGCGGGCCCAUGUCCAUGAAGGAGGUGGACGAGCAGAUGCUGGCCAUCCAGAGUAAGAACAGCAGCUACUUCGUGGAGUGGAUCCCCAACAACGUGAAGGUGGCCGUGUGCGACAUCCCGCCCCGCGGCCUGAAGAUGGCCUCCACCUUCAUCGGCAACAGCACGGCCAUCCAGGAGCUGUUCAAGCGCAUCUCCGAGCAGUUCUCAGCCAUGUUCCGGCGCAAGGCCUUCCUGCACUGGUUCACGGGUGAGGGCAUGGAUGAGAUGGAGUUCACCGAGGCCGAGAGCAAUAUGAACGACCUGGUAUCCGAGUACCAGCAGUACCAGGAUGCCACCGCGAAUGACGGGGAGGAAGCUUUUGAGGAUGAGGAAGAGGAGAUCGAUGGAUAGCCGGAAUAGAGCCGCCCCAGCUCAGAUCCUACAACACGCAAAUUCCUUCUUGAACCCUGGUGCCUCCUACCCCAUGGCCCUGAAUGGUGCACUGGUCUAAUUGUGUUGGUGUCGGCCCCUCACAAAUGCAGCCAAGUCAUGUAAUUAGUCAUCUGAAACAAAGACUAAAACAGCAGAGAAUUGCGGGUUCUACCCAGUCAGAAGAUCACACCAUGGAGACUUUCUACUAGAGGACUUGAAAGAGAACUGAGGGGCCACAAAAUAAACUUCACCUUCCAUUAAGUGUUCAAGCAUGUCGGCGAAUUAGCAGGGAGUUAGAAACAGUCUUUUUCAUCCUUUGUGAUGAAGCCUGAAGUGCCAUGUUGCCUUAUAUGAAUAUGCAGUAUGGGACUUUGAAAUAAUUGAUUCAUAAUAAAAUACUAAACGUGUGUCUUCAUCUCUCUA